AUGCCCCUGGCUCUAGGCGCCGGGAGCCUCACCCGGAGCGCGGGGGGAAGCAUCGGCCACCUGAGCAGCGUCGAGGCCGGCCUGGGUCGCCCGGGGCUGGCGGCCCCCGCCGCUUGCCUGGGGGUCAUCCUGCUGCUGGGCUGCCUCGACAACCUGCUGGGGGUGCUGCUCUUCGCCCGCUCCCGGAGCCUCCGCACGCCCCUCCACCUGAUGCUGCUCAACAUCAGCCUCAGCCACCUGCUGCUCUGCCUCUUGGGCACCCCGCUCCGCUUCGCCGCCAGCCUGCGCGGCCGCUGCUCCGGCUUCGCCAACGCCCUCCUGGGCGUUGUCUCCCUGGUCUCACUCGCCCUCCUUUCCUACGAACGUUACGUGAUUGUCCUGCACAGACACACCCAGGCGGACGUGUCUGCUUACCACAAGUCCUGGCUUUGCAUAGCCAUCUCCUGGCUCUACUCCUUGAUCUGGACCUUGCCGCCUUUCUUUGGCUGGAGCAGCUACGGCCCUGAAGGGCCUGGCAUUUCCUGCUCCGUCAAUUGGCACCUCAGGACUCCCAACAACAUAUCUUACAUCAUCUGCCUCUUUGUCUUUUGCCUUGUCUUCCCUCUCCUGACAAUGAUGUAUUGUUAUGGGAGAAUCCUGCAAGCCAUCAGAAUGCAGGUUUCUAGGUUUCACCAGACAUCUGUUCAGAAAAGGGAACAUCACAUUCUGUUUAUGGUAGUGACCAUGGUUAUCUGUUAUCUCCUCUGCUGGAUGCCAUAUGGGAUAGUCUCUCUGAUUGCAACAUUUGGCAAGCCUGGAAUGAUCACACCAGCAGUGAGCCUCGUCCCUUCCAUUUUGGCAAAGGUCAGCACGUGUGUUAACCCCAUCCUUUAUGUGCUUUUGAACAAACAGUUUUAUGAGUGUUUCACAAUCCUUGUGAAAUGUGGGCCUCCGCCUCAGCACAUGGAAACCACUUUUGAGUUCAAAAGUGAGCCAAGAUUUUCACACAGCUGGCAGAGCAGAAGAAACCCACUUGCUUCAAACGCAGGGCAAUAA